GGUGCUGCAUAUUAGAGGAUGCUCUUCAUAGCUAAAAUUCUGCCUGCACUCUAAUCUGUGUCAGAUCACAGCAUCAUAGGGCAGUAACAGGCAAUUAGGUCUGUGUGAAGGCUUGUGGGAGCCUCGUCCUCAGCUGAAGGUUAAACACAAAGGAGAAGACAAGCAAGCAUCUCAGUUUGGAUUGCUGGCAAAAGGGCACUUGAGGUGACAGACGCAUGUUUGGAAUAGCAGUAGUGUGGCUGAUAUGAUUCCCCACAAGGAGAAGAUAACCAGAUGGCUUUGGAUUUAUCAGUGACUUUCAGUUUUUGUUCAUUUGUGUGAUCCUGUGCCAGAAUUUACAGCUCUUAAUGACAUUACACAGCCAGAAUGCCUUCAUAUGAAGGACCGUGUGAUUUUAAGACCACACUAGAGGAAAAGUUCUUCAACAUGAAUACAGACAGUGGAGGACGAGCUCACAAAAGCACAACGCUCUCACUCACUCUAACCCCCAUGAAGAGAGUCCAGAGUUCCCCAAACCUAUAUGGGCUUGCAGACGGCACAGAAUCUCCAGUCACAGAGUCAGAUAUGUGGUGGCACUACACCUCGGGAGAUGCUCUAAGAAAUGGCAACAUGGCCACUUCCUCUUUGGCAGCUAAAGGAUUUCGAAGUGUUAGGCCCAACCUGCAGGAGAAGAAGUCGCCCACGCCGGGCCUCGCUCCUCACAGAGAGAGCUCUCAGCUGCAUCCUGCUGACUGUAAACCAGGAACAUUUAACCCACAUAAUUAUUCCACACAAUGUCAUGAUGGCCCAGAGCUCAUAACACACAACUCAUUCUCCAGGGGAGCAAUGUCUGCAAGCUCAGAGCAAAGCUCCAGAGACAACCUGUUCUCUGACACCAACACCAAUGACUCUAAAAAGCCUCGCAGCUAUAGCAGUUUCCCCAGUGCAUGUGGCCCUGAGAAACCUAGCAUCUCUCGCUUAGAUCGCCCUAACUCACACUCCCCAGUUAGGGAGAGGCAUGUAACCUCUCUGUCCAUAUGCAUUACACCACGGCAUCAGACAGAAGCCAGGUACACACAGACUCUGUCUCUCAGCCCCCAUACUCUACCCAAAAGGAAGGAGCACCUGGAAUCCCGAACAGUCUUUCACCCUUCACUGCCCCCUGCAGCCCAACAAGUGGCCUACGCAGGACCACCACUGGCCUCCCACUCGCCCCCUCACAGGCCACACUUCUCCAGCAACUACACCUGUUCUAGGGCCUCUGACUACCAUUUACAUCCUUUUCCCCGUGGGACUCCCUAUUCCAACUUGGAUUCAUAUCCAUCUCUGAGCGACUGUUCUUCUCGUGCUCAGAGUGUAUCUUCUGUGGCCAUGCUGGAAGAACUGAGCACAUGUGGAAUAUACUCAGCGGGAGGUUCUGAGACCCCUUCACCUACCCAUUUCCAGCUGAGCAGUUCCACUGACAACAUGGCGAUAGACUUCUCUACAGCUAGCUCUGCGAAUGGACAAAUGACUCUAAAUGGAAGUGUAGGUGGAACUGCAGGCCUAAAGAGUCACCUCCAAAGACCCUUCUCUCCUUCCACAUACCCUCCUCUUCCUUCUUUCAGCCCUAGUCUCACAGCCAUGCAGCAGGGCCGGAGCACUCGCUUUCCCCCUCCAGCUGCCGAGUCCAUUUCUUCAGUCUAUACCACUGUGGAUUCAGUGACUUCUAUGCAUGCACCAGAUGAUGAGAGAAGAGGGACAGUGGGUAAAACUCCCCAUUACUCAGGCACUGUUGAGGAGUCUGGAAUUUCCAUGGCCAAUAGGACUACAGUAGACAGGCCAAAGGACUGGUACAAGAAUAUGUUCAAGCAGAUUCAUGUGGUGCACAAACCAGAGUUUGAAAAUUCUGGCUCCCAUACUGCCACUCAGCCUACUACUAGUAAGGCAGAGAAGCAUAGUCUAACUAAUAAUGUCCAGGCACACCCUGCAUCUAAGAGCAGUACAUACAGACCCAUAACCAAGAGCAUUUCUGAUAAUGGCACUUGUGGAUUCAGAACAUCCAGCUCCUCUUCACUGCCAACUUCAUCAUCAGCUCAGCCAAUGUCUCACAGCCGUAAUAUCCACCAGAGUGGCAGCAGCACCCCAGACAUGAAUCAAUGGGGUCCUCCAGAUAGAAAAGUGGACACUCGCAAAUACAGAGCCGAGCCCAGGAGUAUCUUUGACUACGAGCCAGGGAAAUCCUCUAUUCUAGAACAAGAGAAAGCAAAGAGUAACUUAACACCUGAAGAGCUAGCUUUAGAGAAUGAGCCCUGGUAUAAGUUCUUUGCAGAGCUGGAGUUUGGAAGGCCGCCUCCUAAAAAACGUCUGGAUUAUGAUCCAGAGAGUGUUCUCCGUAUCCGUAAUGAGACGUUUCUUUAUCAGCCAUCUGCGGACAGAAGCUUCGAACGCCCCUCGAGUUCUGCCAGCGAUAACAGGACAAGAAGGAAGUCGGAGCCCGUGGCCACCCAGUCCCGGCCUCAAACUUCACUAAGCUCCACACAGAGUGUUGGAAAACCAACAGAGACCAAUGUUGAUCACGUUCCUGAACCAGUCAGGACCACUAGUACCCAGAAAAAGCCCAUAUAUACCCCUUCCACUUCCUCCCUGUACAGGUCAAAAGAUCAAGACACAUACAGAGGUUAUUCCUACCCUGAUGUAGGCCGACAAACUCCACAGAGCCCGAGACCUACACCUGAACUCAAAGAGAAACUGCCAGCCAAAGCAAUAUAUGAUUUCAAGGCAGUGACAGCAAAAGAGCUUUCAUUUAAUAAAGGGGAGACUGUGUACAUCACACGGAAGAUAGAUAAUAACUGGUUUGAAGGAGAACACCGUGGGAAAGUGGGCAUCUUUCCUAUCUCUUAUGUGGAGAAAAUCUCUCCAACAGAUAGACACCAGCCUGCCAGGCCUCCUCCUCCAGCCCAUAGUACAGAGACUGUGGAAGCUGUGGCUCGUUACAACUUCAACGCUGACACUAAUGUGGAGCUUUCUUUAAGAAAGGGUGAUCGUGUAAUAGUGCUGCGGCAAGUGGACCAGAACUGGUUUGCAGGAAAGCUCCCUGGAACAAACAAACAGGGCAUCUUUCCAGUGUCCUACGUGGAUAUUGUCAAGAAAUCUUCUGUCAAAGGUCCUAGCCAGCCAUCAGGAGGCGCGCCCAGUUCUUCCAGUGACCGAAUGCACAGCAGACCAUCAUCCGCACGGGUCAUGACCAGCUCUCCCUCAUCUACUCCCCGUCAGCACACCUCACCCUCCCUCAGCUCACAGAGAGCAGCUCAUCUGCAGGCAGUAACUGGCGAGUGGCUUGCUCUCACCCUCGGUCUGUCUCCCUCAGGCACUCCUGCUCCUACACCUCCCCCUUUUCCCUCUAAUUGUCAGCUAGAUUAUGAAAGGCUGGACUCCCCUGCUGCCCCUGCACUAGGCCCCUUACCUUCCCUCAUGCCCUGCUCCUUAACCCCAUCAUUCAAAGAGGGUCACUUUCUUCCAAUUAGCUCUCCGAAAUCGCACAUGUCACCUGAGCCCAGUCCAUCACCUCAGGCGUACUUCACGUCAGCUUCGUUUACCCCAUCCCCUAUCUCCCCCACUUUUGACUCAAGCCCCAAGUGUGGCAGCAUGAUAGAAGUAAACACAAGUUCCAAGACUGGUCUGCUUGAGAAAGAGAAACCAUUUUCAGAAAGCUGUGCUCUUGAUAAGUUGGAAUCUCCCAAAUCUUGCUGUCCAAUUGAACUGGUUGUGCAUGAGCCUGAUGAACAAUCCUCAUCCUCAAAGUUCCCCUUAUCCUCCAGAGAUAUUGAAGAGGAUGUGUGUGAAGAGCUUGUGUCCAUCAUCCAGGCCAGCCAGGCAAAGCGCCCUGUUGUGGAGGGAGCAAAGUGUCAUAGGCUUGAGGUGCCUGCUUCAGAGGAUCUGCCUAAACUGUUCAUAGAGGAGGAUCCACAUGAAGAAAGCAGAGCUUAUUCAGAUUCACAGUCCUCAAAUACCUUCUCUCCAGUUCACCCUGUUUAUAGUGAGAUGUCAGAACAUGAGGCUGAAGUCUCACAGAGUCCUCCCCCUAUGUGUCCAUCAUCACCUAUUUCUUCAAAGCCAUUGAGUUCCACACCCCCUGCAUCUCCCAAUUUCCCCUCCCCCACCCCACGCUCCACCCCACCACCACUCCCUGGUGUAUCUCACUCCCCUCCUCCUUCCUCCAAACAGCUCCGCUCCAAGGUCAAGCCUGUGUUGAGGCAUGAUGUUGUGAUUGUUGGUAAGCCCCCUCGUAGCCCUGUGAUGUCUAGGAGGUCCUGUGGAUCGCCUGUUAGAGGGCAACACUAUUCAUCGUUUCAUAGGCGUCCAACACAGGAUUCUCUGGAAGGUGGUGGAGAACCGUUUCAGGCCCUGUAUAAUUACAUGCCACGAAACGAGGAUGAGCUGGAACUGAAAGAAGGAGACAUUGUUGAUGUGAUGGAGAAAUGCGAUGAUGGCUGGUUUGUGGGAACGUCCAGGAAGAGCAAGUUUUUCGGAACCUUCCCUGGAAAUUAUGUGAAAAGGAUCUAAGCUGAGCUUCUCUCUGUGUUCUUCUGCAAACUUCUGCUGAUAUGAAGCAUCAAAGAGUAUAUUAUGAAUGUUACCUAUUUGUCAGAUUAAUUAUAUUACCAUCAGCCCAAUACUGCAUGAGAAAAGUGGGUGGAAACUAGUCUCAUUAGUCUUGGAGUGGAUUGAUACGUGCUAUACGUUAGCUGAAGGACUGGAACCCCUAGAUUCUCAAGCAAUCAGAUAUAAACUUGGAAUUGCAUCAAAGACUUCAAAUAAUAGCUGCGUUGAAGGUCUAUAUUUCUAACAUUAUUUUUCACAAAAGAGAUUUGGCAUGUCUGCCUUUUACUAAAGCUGAUGGAUUUCAAAGGAAGAACCUAAAAAAGUGCCCUAUUUAUCUUUAUUUAUUUAUUGAGAGGCAUAUAUAUUUUUUCUUGUUUUGGGGCACAUUGGAAGGUUUAGAAAAUAGAUUUGGAAUGUUCUGUUGUUUUGAAGACAAGGACAUGCCCCUGCUAAUCUGACCCUGCAGUCUGCAUCUAAUCACCAUCUAGAUUGACCAGUAUUGCAUGCAGUGUCAUGCUGAAGUAAGAUUUAUUACUACUUUUAGCAUAUGCACAUAUAAUGCAAUUCAGAAUAAACACCUUCUAAUUUUAAAUGGUUUCUGCCCCUCCAGAUAUUCCUAUGAAUAUCUAAAGGAUUUUUCUAAAUGCCUAUGGUAUUUUUAGGUCAGAAAAAGUCAUGUUUUAUACAAUACACAAGUCAUUAAGAUUGAUUUUGGAGACUAACUGUGUGCUCUGCAUACACUCUGUUGUUUAUGGUAUCAUUUUAAACCACAACAUUGCCUACUGCCUAAUAUGACUAUUGAAUGCCAUAUGAUCUUGCACACUGUAAUCUCUUAUUUAUAAUUUAACAUGAUAUACCUUUUAUGUGAUAGGGCCAUUUUAAUAUGUAUGAAUCUGAGUGAAGUGUAUUUUUUAAAGGAAAUCUAUUAUUUUAAUGCAUUAGACAGAAGUGUUAUUCUCUUUCAAACUUAUAAAUUAUAUAUUUUGUUAAAUUUUAAUCUUCAGAAUGUGUUUUGUUCAGGCUUUAAAAUAAAUUUUUGGAAAUAAUUUCCUUCCCAAAAUUCUCAAUUAUCUCCCCCCACCCCCUUUUCUCCAAUUCCCACCUACGAGCACAUGACAGCUAUCACAUGACAGCUAUCACAUGACAGUUACUAACGGAGCAGGGUGCGGCAAAAAGCUGCUUCCUCAGAAACAGGUUUAGCCUUCACAUCUUUUUGAAACUGCCCCACCCAGCUUUACACCCUUUCCAGAAAGCGCUCUCUGCCCUGUUAUGCAUACACAAGCUUACAGAUGCCCACGAUUGCCUAGUAUUGUGCUGAUUGACAGGGGAUCUGCCAUCUCACACACCAUGAGAGCACAGCCAGUUCUUUUUUCUUGAUUCUCAGCCAUGGAUGAAAGUGCCAUCAUAAGGAUUUGAACGCUUGAUCUCCCAGGGAUAAGCAAAUGCUUUUCUGUUAUGCUACCAGGGAGCCCUCUGCCCCAACCUUAUGGUUUGGCACAAGCACAGAAAUAAUCUAAAUUUAUCUGCAAUAAUGGGAGUUUUAAUUUGAUAUGAGACAUAAAAAAUUUUUUUUGCAGACUUAUCUGUAUUCUCUUACAGUUUGGUUUACCAUCGUACAGUUUUACAUUUACUCAUAAAGCAUUGGGGCAAGACUCAUUAUUUUCUAUGUAAAAGUCCCAAAAUGUGUUCAGUUAUUUUUGCCAUAACAAUGACACUGUUUUACUCUGAAGAGGACGACACUUACCACUAAAAGGAGCAAUAAGCUUCAUUAUCACUGACCUUGACUAGUAUUAAAGUUACCCAGUAAACACUGCAGUACUUUGUGUUAAUGUCUUAGUUACAUAAGAACUGUGUACAGUACUUAUUUACUGUAAACUAGAUCCCUAGUCUUCCAGUAGACGGUCAAGUUGCUAUAAUACUGUCGCCGGUGAAUAAAUGUCCUUUAUGCAAUUCAGUGUGGAAUGUAAGACAAAACUCUUAUCUGUCCAGGUAAUGACGUGUCCAGGUGUUAACUGUGUAGAAAGUGGAAAUGUGCAGAAAUUGUAUGUCACGCGGUUGUUAUGAAACUAAAUUUAGACAGUGUGGCACAAAGAUACAAAUCAAAAUAGAUUAAUCGAAUCAAUAUGGUUUAUUGCUAUUUGGACUAUCAUGUUAAAUUUUGUAUAUAAAUAAAGGUGCAGUAUUUUGCAUACUGUGAUUAUCUGAUGCUGAGUAAAUGAAAUAAAUCAGUGGUGUAAUCAGAUAGUACCACUUUACAGUGUUGAGAUGUCAAAUAUGUACACUACAGGCCAAAUGUUUGAAAGCAGCACCAGCAAUGUAAAAUACUACGAGAUUUGGACAAUAUAUAUGACCAUAAUUCAGUAAAAUAUGCUGCUUUUGCUUUAAUGAGUUAGACUUGAAUUAGUUUUAUCAUACAUGUUGCUGGUAUAACAUUCCAAGCCUUUGUAGGUCCUUUAUAAAUGAUUAUGAAGUUGUUUUUCUCACUGAGCUGUUAGACUGCUGAGGGAUGCAAUUAACAUGUAUACUGUAGUAGACCUUAGUGAUCGAUAAUGAAUGUCAUUACAUUGGUAAAGAAUUCAUACAUGAAGGAAAAAAAAUUACAGCUUGUUUCCACAUGUUUGGCCUGUAGUAUAUAUGUGCAUAUGUAUAUACUGUAAUACUGUAGUUCACAGUGUCUUCCCAUCUGUGUGCAGUAUAUGCAGUCUUCUACCAGGACAUCAUCACUAAUAGCAAUCUGCUAAAAUCAAGGCCAAUGUUUGUUUUUAUACAUUGUUUCCUUGUUUCUCUCUGUGGAACUGUACAUUUAAUAAAUAGUCGCUAAUAUAA